GAAUCUACCGUGAAGCUUCUCCUGGAAGUAACUCUGUCCAUGGCUCCCGUUCGUUGAUGCCCAACCUCGACGUUGACGCGGUCUGUACAGAAACAUUCCUUUUACGACGGCCCAGAGACAUGGUAGUCGAUGGCGACGACCGCCGACUUCCUUUGUUGACAUGGAGAAAGCCGGGUUGCUGAAUUCAAAACCUCGACUUUGACUGCGCUGGUGAUUGGAUCUGUGACAGACCUCUCUGCUGUGUGUGGGAAUUGGGAAUGAACUGUAUUUGGAUCAUUCUAUGUUUUGUGUCUUAAGGCGACUGUGAUUUGGAAGUAUUACGAUCUGCAACAUCUCCACGGGAGCAAUUAUUGCCUUCGAUCCAAGGAAAUGAAAGCGGUUGCUGUUCGUGGGAACACCCGUGAGAAUACUUUUCCUUUUUGUUUGGUCUCAGCUUUGACCGUCGCUGGAGGAGAUGGAUAGCCUGCAUGCUGCGUGCAGAGCCUGUGAGUGCACAGGCAGCCGUGGGAAUCCAGCCAAACUCAUAUAGCAAUCAUGACUCAUGCCGCCUUCUUCUCCGAUCCCUUCCAAACUUGCCGGGUAUUCCAAGGUGUUUGAGGGAUUGAUGGUGCUUUGGAGACAAAGGAGGCCCCGGAUUCAACCGUUCCUCCAAGCAAAAAUGAAGGGAUCUUUGACCGAUCCGUGUGAGAUUGAUGGCGGAAGUGCAGCCGCCAGUCAAAUCUAAUCCAAUCCCCAAGCUUGACCUUGACUUUUUCCAUGUCCCAUUCUCAUCCCAAGCCCCUUCCCCAAGAAAAGAACCAUUGAGAACAUGGCAACGUGGAGCAGUACUUGGAGGCCAAGGCAACUAGUUUUAAACCCCUGCAGAAGCCCUGGGAGCAGCCUCAACUUAACGAAGAAGAAGGAAAGAGAGCUUUCGACUCACAGUAUGUUGGCGAGGAAAGAGGAGGUGGGAUCAAAGAAGGCUCAAGUAGCUCGAGAUGCCUCGACGACCAUCACCACUGCAACGGGUCAUGUAAUGGCUGUGUCCGAGUUCAUCGCCCAAUUCGAUGAGGCUGCGAGGAAGAGACUAAACCGCAUGAACGAGAAGCUGAAGGAGUUGGAGACGCAAAUGGAAGCGCUCGAGGCAGAGAUGAGCAAAGCAAAUGACUCCUCCGACUGGUCUUAGUUCCUCCUUCCAUCUACUGCAAACAUGAUAUCUUAUCAUGGGAACAGAGGGAUGAAGCAUGCGGAAUCACAACAUGAGAAAAGACCUCUCUUCUUUGUCUUCAUGGGAUAUGUUUGCAAGAGCUAAAAUGGGUGAAGUAGAUCAAUCAUGGUGGUCUUGGAUCAGCUAAUUCUGCCUAUUGUUCUGUCAAAUUGCAGUAGAGGGAGCACUUCAAUUCUGACAGCAACUUGCUUCUUGAAUUCUGAGGCCCAAUUUUUGUGUUCUUGUAAGCACAAAUCCAUCUCUUUCAACCUAAUCUAAACUAUGAUCUCUUUCAACAAUUAAGAUAAGAAAUACGGGAAAAGUGGAAAAUAUUGUGCGA